ACGACAGUAGACGGGUAUAAAUAUGUUGCUGGGUCUUGCUACAGCUGGAAAUAUUCAUACUCCAAUUGGAACCACCUUCAUCUAAAUACUUGGUACCCAAGCCAGGCAUACAUCAUGGCAAAUCUGCCUCAAGACAUGUCCCAGGUUACUAUGUCUGACCAGAAGCGAAGCUUCGCUAUCGCAGAGCUCGUUAUAUUCUCAGCCAUUCAAAUUGUCCAGUUCGUCUCGCGAUUCAUUCAGGAGCGCCGGUACUGGCAUCAUACAAAACGCCGAGGCAAUGCUCGAUGCUUUCUAUACUCCUGGUGGGGAAUGGUAGGAAUUCUGGCCCAGCUUCGAAUUGCCGCUUCAGCCAUGAUGAUUUCAAACCAGAAGCCCAGCAAGCCAAUGCUGAUUGCUGAGACUGUCCUGCAGGGGAUCGGCCUCUCGCCUCUUCUUUUCGAAGUCAGCCUCGUUCUCCUCCGAAGGUAUGUAAUCGUAUAUUAGGAAACUUAUAUCGAGUGAUGCUGAUCGGUUAUAGCGGACAGGCAGGCCGGACAGGGCCCGGGAACUCUCGACUCCCGGGCCAUUUACGGUUCACACUCCAUUUCUU